AUGUCCAGCAGCUCCGGCUACCCCCCUAACCAGGGGACCUUCAGCACUGAGCAGAGCCGCUACCCAUCCCAUUCGGUCCAGUACACAUUUAGCGGCACGCGACACCACCAGGACUUCACCGUCCCAGAUUAUCGAACUCACAUCCAGGAUCAGCAGGGUCGAAGAAGACCAUCGUUACUUUCUGAGUUCCACCCUGGGACUGAAAGGCCUCCAGAGAGGCGGCAUGGUUACGAACAACAGUUCCACUCCAUCACUACUCAGGCUGAACAUGAAGCACUGGAGACUAAGCGGCCACGCAUGGAGUCUAUUGCUGAGGCCCACAUUACCCGCACCUCUUCUUCUGGUGGGGGUAUUCCCUUACCCAUGCACCAUACUUUGCAGGAUAGCCUCAGAGCCACUGUGGAGGUCAAAAAGGAGUCGCCGUUUACUGUGAAAGUGGAAUGUCCUUCCCCAGGAGGACCAACGUUGCACCUUGGGGAAGAGCAUGACACGUCUCCCUCCAAGCUAUCCAAGGAGGAGCUGAUUCAGAGUAUGGACCGUGUGGAUAGAGAGAUUGCUAAAGUGGAGCAGCAGAUUUUCAAGCUGAAAAAAAAGCAACAACAACUAGAGGAGGAAGCAGCAAAGCCAGUUGAGCCAGAAAAGCCAGUGACCCCUCCCCCAGUGGAACACAAGCACCGGAGCAUCGUCCAAAUCAUUUAUGAUGAGAACAGGAAAAAAGCUGAAGAGGCACAUAAAAUCCUAGAAGGUCUUGGCCCCAAAGUUGAGCUGCCCCUGUACAAUCAACCAUCAGACACAAAAGUUUACCACGACAACAUUAAAACCAAUCAAGUCAUGAGGAAGAAGCUGAUUCUGUUUUUUAAGAGGAGGAACCAUGCUCGUAAACAAAGAGAACAGAAGAUCUGCCAACGCUAUGACCAGCUGAUGGAAGCUUGGGAGAAAAAGGUGGAGCGCAUGGAGAACAACCCGAGGCGCAAAGCAAAGGAGAGCAGAACACGAGAGUAUUAUGAAAGGCAAUUCCCUGAGAUCCGGAAGCAGAGAGAGCAGCAGGAGCGCUUCCAGAGGGUUGGCCAGAGAGGAACAGGUCUCUCUGCAACAAUUGCGAGAAGCGAGCAUGAGAUUUCUGAAAUCAUUGAUGGUCUUUCUGAACAGGAGAAUAAUGAAAAACAGAUGAGACAGCUAUCAGUCAUCCCUCCCAUGAUGUAUGACUCAGAGCAGAGGCGAGUAAAGUUCAUCAACAUGAACGGGUUGAUGGAUGACCCCAUGAAGGUGUAUAAAGCCCGACAGUUCAUGAACGUUUGGACCGAACACGAAAAAGAGAUCUUUAAAGACAAAUUUGUCCAGCACCCGAAGAACUUUGGCCUAAUUGCCUCUUAUCUAGAAAGAAAGUGUGUUGCUGACUGUGUCCUAUACUACUACUUAACCAAGAAGAACCACAACUACAAAACGCUGGUGAGACGCAACUACGGUAGACGGAGGGGAAGGAACCAGCAAAUCACACGUCCCUCACAAGAAGAAAAGUCUGAAGAUAAAAACGAAGAAGAGAAAUCUGAAAAGUCAGAGAAAAAAGAAGACGAGGAAAAGAAGGACGAGGAAGAGAAAGAUGAAAAAGAGGACUCAAGGGAUAUUGGCAAGGACAAAGACAAGUGCGACGGUGCGGAGGACGAGGACGGAAAGGAGCAAAACACGCCGCGUGGCAGGAAGACUGCCAACAGCCAGGGCCGACGUAAGGGAAGGAUCACCACACGCUCCAUGGCCAAUGAGGCUGCCACUGUGGCGGCGGAGGAAGCUCCUCCCCCUGCUUCGGAGGCUGCCGUGCCAGAUCCUCCACAGCUCCCUAAAUCUGAUGCAGCUCAAAAGUCCAUGAAGGAACCUACGAAGCCGCCGACUCCAGUAGCUUCACUGGAUGCUAAAGCUGGUGCUGGUGAAACUGGAGAAACUUCUCGCUGGACCGAGGAGGAGAUGGAAGUCGCCAAAAAGGGUUUAGUUGAACACGGGCGAAACUGGACAGCCAUUGCCAAAAUGGUGGGCACCAAAAGCGAGGCGCAGUGCAAAAACUUUUAUUUCAAUUACAAACGACGACACAAUUUGGACAACCUGCUGCAACAGCAUAAGCAGGACACACGGCGGGCUCGUGCCAAUAGGUCUCAAGGUGAAGGUCUAACCACAGCUUCGCCUGACGACGAUGACGACAACGCAGAUGACAGUGAAGGCGGUGUCAAUAGCUCCGACACAGAGAGUGCUCCCUCCCCAUCUCAAACUGACACAACCAAGUCCGGUGACUCCAAAAGAGCAGACAACUUUGCAGAUGCACCUCAGAAUGCUGAUCGGGAUGUGGUUCCAACAAACUCAAAAACCUCCGUACCUUCAUUCGGGGAACUGCGUGUCAAGGAAGAGAAAAGCCCAGAGGGUGGGACUUCUUCUCAUGAAGAAAAGAGCAGAGUGGCCUCUUACUCAGGUGUGGUCAAUCCAAAACCUGAACCUCAAGAUGUGGACAUGAAGUCUGGAGAGGUUCAGGUUAAAAUGGAGCCUGAGAUCAAGGAGAAAGGAGACAAAGGAGAACAUAGCGAAAGGCCCAAGGAGCUCCACUCAGAUAAUGAUUCCAGCGCCACCUGCAGUGCUGAUGAAGAUGUGGACGCAGAGCCCGAAAGACAGAGAAUACUUUCUAUGGAGAAGCCGUCUUUGCUCAACCCUACAGGCACAGUACUGGUGUCUUCACCAAAACAAACAUCAAACAAUAUCCAACAGAUGCAUCAGCGAGCAGCUGCCAUCCCCCCAAUGGUACCUGGCCCUUAUGGCCCAAGUCCCGUGCCCAUUAGUGGUUUUGCCAUGUUGCAGCACCAGAUCAAAGCAGUGCAUGCGUCAGCACACCAGGAGGAGAAGCAGAGGCAAGACCAGGGAGACCUAGAACGCAGACCCCCCUUCAACACCCGCAGCCCAAGUCUGGUUGACAGAGAUGGUAAGCCCCUCCCCUACAUGCCCUAUGACAUGAAGUUGGCUCUGGACCAGGAGGCCCUCCCUGGCCGGCCAGGCUCUCCUUACAGACUCUCCCCCAGGGAUCUAAGCAAGUCCUCACCCCAGCCUGACCCCAACCUCCCCAAUGCUUUCCGCUACAGUGUGCCGCCAGUCCUCCACCCGGCCCCCAACCAGCUGAUCCAGAGUCUGCCAGAUGGAACCCGCAUGGCUUUCAGCAGACCCAGUCGACCUCCUAACAUUCCCUCUCCUCCUCCUCUCAUUCCAACCACCAAACCCACUGAUAAGCCAUCCUUCAUUCAUGGAGGCUCAAUAUCUCAGGGAACCCCAGGCACAUACCUACCCUCGCACGCUGUUUAUGGGCCUGAUGGGAGUAAGAACACUGUAGGCUCCAUCUCUUUGGGCUUGCCUCGGCACCAAGAUCACAACAAAUCUACUCCACCAAUACACGACAGUAGAGGAAAUCUGGCAAAGAUGGGGGAGAAUCUGGCUUUUAGAGGAUCAAUCACUCAGGGCACACCAGCCCUUUCCCAAUCAACUGUUGCUGCUGACCUGCUGAAGGGCACCAUCACAAAACUGGCCACAGAAGACUUGAGUAACUCUGACAAGGCACGAGACCAGCUGACUAAAGGUCACGUUAUCUAUGAGGGCAAGAGUGGUCACAUCCUCUCUUAUGAUGCCAUCAAGAACCCAAGGGAAAACACCCGUAGUCCUAGAACUGGCCACGAGUUGAAACGCACUUAUGACAUUAUGGAAGGACCCAUCAGUAGGGGUCACCCUGGUAGGGAAGGAGCACCAUUUGAAGGUUUGAUUAGCCGAGCCUUGCCCAGAGAAGGCCUCCACGGAGAUUCAAAAGACAGACAAAUAAUCACCGGCUCAAUAAUGCAAGGAACACCGAGAACUGCAGCAGAGACAUACGAAGAUGUUUUAAAAUACGGGAAACAGAUUAAACGAGAGAGCCCACCGAUUCGCUCCUUUGAUGGUGGAAUUGGCAAAGGAAAGCCCUACGAGGGAGUUAACACCAUUAAAGAGACUGGGCGUUCAAUUCAUGAGAUCCCUCGACAGGACCAGUCGGGUCAGGACCUCAGAAAGACUCCAGACCUAUCAGACAGGAGGGUCAUCGAAGGCGGCAUGUCCCAGAUCCACUCUCUGAACCAACCCGCAAUCAAGCAUAAUGUGAAGUCCCUCAUCACCAGUCCUAGUAAACUACCCCACAGCCUACCCCAGCUUGAGGCAAUGGAACGAAGCAAGUACGAAGAGAGCAAGGCGGUGCGCCACACCUCGGUUGUGAACUCCACCACUUCUGUGCUGCGCUCGACACACCAGGAAGCUGCAAAAUCUCAGCUAAGCCCAGGCAUGUAUGAGGAUGCCAAUGCACGUAGGACCCCUGUGAACUACAGCUCCAAUUCUGUGACCAGAGGUUCACCCAUGCUGGGGCGUUCAUCUGAUGGAGCGAAAUCUGGUGCACACGAAAGGAAGAAUUCCAUGACACCCACGCAGAGAGAAAGUGUCCCGGCCAAGUCCCCCGUGUCGGGUGGCGACCCCAGGGCUUCUCACAGCCCCUUCGACCCUCACCAUAGGCCGGUUGUUCCUGGGGAAGUGUACCGAGGCCACCUUCCUCCACAUCUUGACCCCAGUCUUGCCUUUCACCGAGUGAUUGAUCCUGCCUUCAUGUUCCCCAGACAGCCAUCGCCUACUGGUUACCACAACACCUACCAGCUAUACACCAUGGAGAACACCAGACAGACCAUCCUGAACGAUUACAUCACUUCUCAGCAGAUGCAAGUCAUCCCCCGACCUGACAUGCCUCGCGGUGUGUCACCACGGGAACAGCCUGUUGCUAUGCCGUACUCAGCUGGAGCUAGAGGGAUAAUUGAUCUAGCGCAGAUGCCUCCAACUAUCCUGUUGCCUCACCCUGGGGGGACAGGUACUCCCACUUUGGAACGUAUCGCCUACCUCCCUGGAGCUCAGCCCCCUUUCACUACUAGGGCUUUCAACCCAACUUCCAUAUCGCCAGGUCACCAAGCCCAUCUUGCUGCCGCAGCUGCUGCAGCUGCGAGUGCAGAGCGUGAGCGAGAACGGGAACGUGACCGGGAGCAACAAGAGAAGGAGAGGGAAAAGGAAAGGGAGCAGCGGGAUCGAGAAAUACGGGACCGGGACAGAGAACGAGCGAAUGAUUACAUCCGAAGUGGCGUUGAGCAACCAGUCCGUCCAGGAAGCCAAGGCUAUCUGCACUCUUCUUCCCCUUCACUCAGGACGCAGGAAGUGGUUGUUCAGCAGCGACCAAGCAUUUUCCAGGGCAAAAGUGUCAUCACUUCUCUUAUGCCUCAUUCAGCAGCAGCAGCAACAUCCACAGCCCAGAGUAACUCUCGCUACAGUACUGCAGCUGAUGCGCUGGCUGCUUUGGUGGAUAUCGCCGCUUCUGCUCCACCUGUGGACAUGGCCAAAGUAAAGGAGAACAAACGGGAUGAGCGAGAUGAGGAAUUAUCUUCAGCUGCUCGUAGAGCAGCCGGUAUCUCGGAGCAGCAGCAGGAGCCAGACAGGCGAGCGGUGCCCUAUGGCGCUAUGUCGCUACCAGGUGGGAAACCCCACCCAGCGUACACCGAGGGUGCUGGCGUGAAAGAUAAGGGACCUCAAACGUCAAAGUCUCGCAUUGAGGAAGAGCUUCGGACCCGUGGAAAAACGACCAUGGUUCUAUCUAAUUUCAUUGACGUCCUCAUCACCCAACAAAUCGCCCCAGAAAAGGAUUCCCGAGAGCGAAGCGCUCAAAGCGCUGACUCCUCAAGUAGUUUGUCAUCAAAUAGAUAUGACAACACUGGUGGAGGAGCCAUUGAAGUGAUAAGUCCUGCAAGUUCCCCAGUACAUUCCCAACAAGAAAAAGUGGACGAAGGGCAACAGAUGGCAGCCGGCAUGCGGGCUUAUGACAUGAGUCGAUACCGACCUUCGACAGAGCCAGCACAGCCCAGUUCCCAGCAGCCCCCAUCAUCCCAGGCCGAAGGUUACUCCCAAAUCCCCAAGACGCACCGGGUCAUGACUUUAGCGGACCAUAUUUCGCAUAUUAUAACCCAGGACUUUGCCCGAAAUCAAGAGCCUCCCACAGUUUCCUCGUCAGCCUCUGCCACAUUCCAAAACACGAUGCCACCCGUGUCUUCAUCAAGUCGAGCAAAGGUGCCCAGCCGCUACAGCCCGGAGAAUCAAAUCCAGGCCCCACAUCACCACCGUCCCCCUAGCAGGGUUUCUCCGGAGAACGCUGCAGACAAACCCAGAUCAAGGCCUGCUAAAUCUCCAGAGAGAGGUGGGAGGCAAAUGGAGAACUAUGAACCCAUCUCACCGCCACAGAGCUACCAAGGCAUGGAAAAACAAGAGACUGGUGGGGCUGUAACACAAAGGCGAGAAGUGGACAACUCCGAGAUCAGGAGUGAGUCACGAUCCCCGGGCAGCGUCAGUUAUCUGCCGUCCUUCUUUACCAAACUAGAGAACACCUCACCCAUGGUGAAAUCUAAAAAGCAAGAGAUCUUUCGUAAGUUGAACUCCACCUCUGGUGUUGGUGAUUCUGAUGUUGGAAAUGCUCAACCAGGGACAGAGAUUUUCAACUUGCCUGCUGUUACCAGCUCCAGCAGCAUUAACCCUCGGAACCACUCCUUCAGUGACCCAGCCAGUAAUCUGGGCCUAGAAGAUAUAAUCCGUAAAGCCUUAAUGGGUAACUUGGGGGACAGACCAGAGGAGCACCAAGGUGCCAUCGGCAACACCGCCGGCACGAACACUGACAUCCGGCAAGAGUCGAACCCGUCACCCAGCAUAGUGAAGCAGAAGCAAGGCAAAGCCAGCAGCCGUAAAUCCAAGUCUCCAAACCUGGGUCAGACCUAUUUAGGAGGUGAUCGUCCCUCUUCAGUGUCAUCUGUUCACUCGGAGGGAGACUAUCACAGACAAGCACAAGCCCAGUCCCAAUGGAGUUGGGAUGAUAGACCCUCAUCAGCAGGCUCCAUGCAGUUCCCUUACAACCCACUGACCAUGCGAAUAAUGAGCAGCACGCCGCCCACCUCCAUAUCCUCCCCUUCUGUACAGAGCCAGCAGCAACAGCCGCCUCCACAGCAGCCGCUUCCUGCUGGAGCUCCAGUGGGCCAGAAGCGUGUGUGGCAGUCUCUGCUGUCGGAGCAAUACGAGGCCCUGUCGGACAGCGAUGACUGA